AUGGUGCUCUCCACAAUAGACGAGAUACCAAUCGAGUUUGAUAAGAAACAGUAUAACGAGCCGACGACGGUCGAUGUCAAGUCCGAGUCUAUCCAGUAUGCGGACGAGCCCGUACAGUUGGAGUGGACGGAAGAGGAGGAACAGGUCAUCAAGCGUAAGCUCGACUGGCACACUGUCCCACUGGUGACGACCUUGUAUCUUCUCUGCUUUUUGGAUCGAGCGAACAUAGGAAAUGCCAGGAUCCAGGGCAUGGCCAAGGAUAUUAACCUCGAAGGGUACCGGUUCAACUGGGCCUUGUCAAUAUUCUACAUCAUCUACCUUCUCGUCGAAGUACCGAGCAACAUCAUUCUUAAACGCGUUGGCCCACGAUUCUACCUCCCAUUCCUCGUCGUUGGCUUCGGUCUAGUUUCACUUUGCACGGCUUUCGUACGCUCAUAUGAAGGACUCAUCGUUGCCCGCGCCUUCUUGGGUAUCUUUGAAGGUGGUGCCAUGCCCGGGUUCUCCUUCUUUCUGAGCAGCUUCUACAAGAGGGAAGAACUCUUGUUCCGGCUAGGAAUCUUCAUUUCAGCGGCGUCGUUAGCUGGCGCAUUCGGAGGUCUGCUUGCCACUGGUCUCUCUCGCAUUCCGGAAUGGGGGUUCGACAGCGCACCUAUCCAUACGUGGAGGAACAUAUUCUUCUUUGAGGGAUUCGUCACAAUGCUCUUCGGAGGUUUCGCACCUCUCUGGAUGCCUACAACUCCCGCUACUGCUUACUUUCUUGACGAGAGACAACGAGCAAUUGCGGCAGAGCGUCUGCAGCGCCAGCACAAGGCUGAUGUGGAUCAGAAAGUCACUCUUUCCGACGUGAAGCGAGCCGUGUUUUGCAUCCACAAUUAUACGUGCGCCUUCGGCUUUUUCCUGAUCAAUAUCACUGUUCAGGGAAUUUCGGUAUUCAUGCCGACUAUUCUUGCCGACUUGGGCUGGACUGCGACGCGAGCGCAGCUGUACUCUGUACCGCCGUACGUUGUGGCUGCUAUAACAGCCAUCAUCAUCGCGUGGUUCAGCGACCAAACACGUCAACGCGGUAUAUACCUUGCCGUGUUUUCGAUGAUUGCUGUUAUCGGUUUCGCCAUUUUGCGAUUUGCGACCGAGGCUAACAUCAGAUAUAUGGGCGUAAGAGCUCUCUAUCCUUUUGCCUGCUUUCUGCACUCAGCAGGCCCUUCCGUACGCGCAGUCACCAGUGCCUACGUUGUUUCAAUCGGAACCAUGGGAGGAAUCGUUGCGACGUGGACCUACACGUUCAAGGACGCCCCGAAGUACUUCACUGGACACACUAUCAAUCUUGUCGGACAAAGUCUAACAGUUCUAUUGGCGGUAUUCGGCAUAUUCUAUUGCUUAUAUGAGAACAAAGCAAGAGCUGCUGGAAAGAGAGAUCACCGCCUGGAUGGACGGACAGAAGCUGAACAGAGUCAACUUGGUUACAGGCACCCAUCAUUCCGCUACAUGUCAUAG